AUUACAGUUACUUUUAGUACGAUUACAGACAGAAUUUUGGUACCAUAUGUUACAAUUAAUAUAAUUAUGGCUUUAAGUGUGUGGUCAUUUUUACUGCUUUGUCAGUUGACUUUCGUUUUUGGAAAUAAAUGGGACUGUGCCGACUACUUUUGGAGGGACUACUUCGGUACCAUUCCUUAUGAUGCUGUACCAGCUGGAAAAGACCACAACGGUGAUAAUCGAUACGUCGGUCUAGUGUACAUUCGUGGUUUUGAACUACUUCCAGCAACCAUUUUACCGAAACAAGGAGUAGCACAAACGACAGCAUACUCUCAUGUCUUAACUACCAGCCAACACGUGAAAAUACUGUGUAGUCCUCACAAGGAAGCUUUUGAGUGGACUCAUGUUCAAAGCAAGGAUUUACACGAUUACGUGAAUCGUAAACUUAUUCCUGGAGGUAGUGAAGUAGGGGAAAGUCUAUACAUUGGAAGAGUUUUCGAAAAUGGGGACGUUAUAGUAGGCAAAAUAUUUAAACAUGAACGUGCUAAUAGAGGAAUUUGGUUUCCUGUGGGAACUGCGAUCAAGAAUUCACUAACUUAUGAACUUCUUUCAUACGAUUGUGAUAAAAAAGAUAUUCCUACGUUUGAUGUUAGGAUAGGUCUUUCUGAUAAACAUAACCACACUGAAAUAGCAUUUCAGUAAUAUCAAACGUGAUAUUUAAAUUUAAACAUGAAGAUCACUAAUAAACCGUCUGAUAAAUA